AUGAUCCUCCAACCUUGCGAUUCUCAAAUUGAAAACCUCAUGUCCGUGGUCUACUCCAAUUCACCCCAGGCUGACAGGUACGGCGAGGCUGAAACGCAGGGGCGGAAAUGGCAAAAGUGGCUGGACGACCCUGACCGAUCGUGUCCAGUAUUACCCAUCCGCAUUACAAUCCGAAUGCUGUCACUUUACUACAAUUGGUAUGUCUACGACGGAGACUUCCCCCCAAGCAGUCUGACUGCUACUCGCUACUUCCCACCAGGUAAUCUCGCAUCUGCGCUCCAGUCGCAUCAUUUACCACUCAAACGCAAAUACACCCGAAUAGUUCUCAGGCAGAGACGCCGACCGUCAAAAUCAGGGGGAGGUAAAACAGACAACACUUACCUCUUGCAAACAGGACCAGGGGUGAUCUUCGCCCUGGAAAGCAAACGCAUCGAUGGUCCGCAUUGGUCCGAGAUCGCCCUUGCCGCGUACCGGUUCUACGAGGUGAAGAAGCUCCGCUACGUGUUCCGGAUUAAUAUCAUCAACCCAAUCACCACAGCGAUAGUUCGUGAAAUCUACGCCAAGAAUCAUUGUCAGUGGCCCGAUCGGAGGCGAGAAUGUUGGUGGCAUGGUACGCCCGAGUACCAGGCGAUAUUAUCGACGCCCAAUGCAAGAGGAGUUGCAGCUCUUGUUUUGGGAGGAUUCGAGCGAGGGACCAGAUACAUUCCUGUCAUCAUGACCUGGGCUGAUUCCACUCACGCCCGGGCGUAUCUGCAAAUGUUGUUUGUGAUAUGUAAAAAGUACUGA